AUGCGUUUCAUCUCACUUAUUCGUGCUUCACUCAUGGUUGUUAUUAUUGCCUUUAUCGUCUGCAGCUCCGGUGAGGCUACUCAAUACGUGAACGGGUCAACUAUCUUCGGUCGUUGUGCUGAUGUUGCUAUUCAAGCUGGCAGUGCCAUUUCCUUCAACGGUGUGGAAACCUAUGUAGUCUGCGGUCGUGUGAGCAUCUCUCCUGGCACGAGCAUUACUGGUAUGCGAGUGUUAGGUGAGAGCUACACAGAGGAAGUGAAUACACCAGUCGCGGUAAACUGUGCAGCCGACGAACUCACCGCUUAUGGUAACCUCAAAGGUCUUACGUGCACCAACUUACUCGCUAACUCUGAUUUGUCAGGUAUGACUCUGUCUCCUGGUGUCUACUGCACUGGCUCAGGUGUUUUUACACUGAAGGCUACGAAUCUCACUCUCGAUGCUCAGGGAGAUUCCAGCGCACAGUUCAUCUUUCAAAUGGCCACUACGCUCAUUACUUCUGUGAAUACAAACAUUAUUCUUGUCAAUGGUGCACAAAGCAAUAAUACCUACUGGCAAGUAGGAAGCAGCGCAACGUUAGGAGACAAUAGCUACUUUAUUGGACAAAUACUUGCUUACGCCUCAAUUACAGUCGGUCCCACAGCCAAUGUGACUGGUCGUCUCUUCGCUCAAGCAGCUGUAACUUGUUCGGGUGCUAAUGCUAUCAACUUGUCUGGGCUUUGUUGA